AUGGAUCGGAGCCUCUUCUCCUCCAAUUCCCUUCUCCUGCUGCUGCUGGUGAUGAUGAUGGCGUCGCCGCUGCUGCUCCCCUUCCACCCCGGAGAUCUGCUCCCCCUGCUGCCCUGGCAGGUGUCGCGGCCGCUCCUGGGGCGGCUCCGGAACCCGGCCGACCUCGUCCCCGCCUUCGUCGGCCGCGCCACCGCCUCCCCCAACGCCUCCCUCGAGUGGAAAGGCCCUUGCUUCCGCAGGAACCUGGCCUGGGUUGAGCCCCACAAUGACAGCGCCUCAGUUUUCGGUGGCGGGAAGCUCCACAUCAAGGUGACGACGAUCACGCCCCCCCUCUCUCUCUCUUUCUACCAUCUUUCUCAUUCUCUCUCUAAUAUCUCUCUCUCUCUCUCUCUCUUUCAACCAUUAUUUCUCAUUCUCUCUCGAAUAUUUCUCUCCUCCCUUCCCACCUAGUUCACGCCCUCUGCGGGUUUUGUGGUAAGUUAACAGCGUUGGUCUUUCUCUACAAGGGUAUUAUAACAAUUACUUAAAAAAUUGACUUUGGAUAUAGGGAUGUAUAUAAAACGUUCGAAAGAGAUAGGGGAGGAAAGAGGGAUAUGAACACAAAUAUAACAAAUAUUAGGCCUUCAAAUGAGGACAUCUCAGUAACCGUAGCCGCUUUCCUCCUUCCCCUCAGCUUCCAUGCCUUUUAAACAUACUUUCAAUAUUUUUUUAAUGAUUAGAACAUUAUUAGGCACUGGGCAACAAUAAAAAUCAUGUUUUUUAUGUUCGCUAAUAUUAUAAUCAUUCUAAAGAGGGAAUAUCUCUCUCUCUCUCUCUCUCUCUCUCUCUCUCUCUCUCUCUCUCUCUCUCUCUCUCUCUCUCUCUCUCUCUCUCUCUCUCUCUCUGUUCUGAUUAGAACAAGACUUAUUAUGCUUUCGAAUUAAUAGGGUAAAAUAUUUACCACAUAGAUUCUAUUUUUUUACCCUUACUUGACCCCCCCCGUCUCUCCAUGGCCCUUUCCUAGACUAGCAUGCCAUGCAGGUGGACUUGCUUGGACCUCUACAUCCUCGCGACUCCAUAUCGCGUAACCUGGACCUUCUUCUUCUUCUCCCGAAAGCACACCAUCGACUUCAACGAAUGGCAGGGAGAGGCCGAGUACGACUACGUGAGCUUCACUCCCCCACUCAAACUCCUAUAUGUUUUCACUCGAUGAAUGUGAUUUCGAUUCUGAUAUUUGAACAAUUAAGCAAUAAAUCAUCGAAUUAUAUGUGGGCAUUGAUUGGAAUUCCUGAACAGGUGAGGAAGUAUGGGGUGUCGAUCUUCAAGAUGGAAGCGGGGAUGCUGGGGACGCUGCGUGCCCUAAGCGACGUCUUCUCUCUCUUCACAGAUACAAGGUGGGGGGAGAAGAGGAACAUGGAGUUUCUGAAGAAGCGGAUGGGGGCGAGCUUCGAGCCGCGCCGCCAGCCAUGGGCGGCGGAGAUCGACCCUACUAAGCUGCACUCCGGCGACCUGUUUGUGCUGUCGAAGCUCCGGGGGAGGUGGGGAGGAUUCGAGACGCUGGAGAAGUGGGUCACCGGAUCUUACGCCGGACACUCGGCGGUGUGCCUGAGGGAUUCCGAGGGGAAGCUCUGGAUCGGAGAAUCCGGCCAUGAAGUCUCCGAGGUGAGGGGCAUCCUCAUAGUGAACUUCUUCUUCUUCUCCGCCUCCUCGUCCUCCUACUUCUCCUCGUCGUCCUCCUCCUUAUUCUCCUCCCUCUCCUCCUUACUCUCCUUCUUCUCCUCCUCCUUCCUUUUAUUCUCCUUAUCCUACUCCUUCUUUGGAAUCGCAGGGGCUGGACUUGAUUGCGGUGCUGCCAUGGGAGGAGUGGUGGGAGUUCGAGGUCAAGAGGGACGGGUCGGACCCCCACAUCGCCCUCCUGCCGCUGCACCCGGAAAUGAGGGCCAAGUUCAACGAGGCCGCCGCCUGGGAGUACGCCAGGAGCAUGGAGGGGAAGCCCUACGGAUACCACAACAUGAUCUUCAGCUGGAUCGACACUGUCGACAGCAACUUCCCCCUCCCCGCCGACCCCAACCUGGUAAAUCUCUAUCUCUGUCUGUCUGUCUGUCUCUCUCUCUCUCUCUCUCUCUCUCUCUCUCUCUCUCUCUCUCUCUCUCUCUCUCUCUCUCUCUCUCUCUCUCUCUCUCUCUCUCUCUCUCUCUCUCUCUCUAUCUCUCUACCUCUAAAUGACAACAUCAAGUAUUUUUUAAAAAAUAAGGAAACACAAUAUCGUCUUAUUAUGCGUUGCAUGAACGAGUUUAGGUGUUCGUGGGCCUUGGUCAAAAGUAUUUGACUUUAUAUGGGUUUUGUGGACCAUAGUCUCUCUCUCUCUCUGUCUAUCCUUAGUGAUGAUUUAAUCUUAUGCUUUUUAAAAUGAAGAGACACCAUAAGAACGUUAUUUAUGCCCACCUAAAUAUGGAACUUAUAAAACUAACUUUAUGUGUUCGUGGACCUUGAUCAAAAGUCUUUGGUUUUAUAUCCUCUUUGUUGACCUACGUCUCUCUCUCUCUCUCUUUCUCUUAUUCCUAGUGAUCACACGAUCAAUUUUUUUAAAAUAAAUAAAGACAUUAAUCAAAUUCUUAAUGGCUGCUUGAAUUGGGGGGCUAUAAAACUAAUUAAGUGUGUUUCUAGACCUUAAUCGAAAGUGUUAAAAAAAUGUUCUACUCUCUCUCUCUCUCUCUCAAUCCUUAGUGAUAACAUCAUCAUGUGUUUUUAAAAAUAAAGGAACACAAUAAUUGUUAUAUGUUAUCCAUGAGCAAUUGAAUAAAGGAGCUAUCAAACUAGUUAUAUGUUUUCUGAAACUUGGUCCAAAGUUUUUAAUUCUAUAUGGUUUCUUGAACAAGAUCAAAAGUUUUUAAAUUACAAGGUUUCUGGACAAAGAUCAGAAGUCUUUUUUUUAAUAUGAUUUUUGUGGACCCUGGUCGAAAGUCUUAAAUUUUAUAUCAUUUUUCCUGGCCUUGGUCGAGUGUCUUUAAUUUUAUAUAGCUUUUAUGGACCUCUCUCUCUCUCUCUCUCUCUCUCUCUCUCUCUCUCUCUCUCUCUCUCUCUCUCUCUCUCUCUAUCUAUCUAUCUAUCUAUCUAUCUAUCUAUCUAUCUAUCUAUCUAUCUAUCUAUCUAUCUAUCUAUCUAUCUCCCUCUAUCUAUCUAUCCUUACUGAUGACUUCACCAUGCAUUUUUACUAAUUAUGUCUUUGUGGGAGAUUGAUCGAACGUCUUUAAUUAUAUGAGGUAUUUCAUGGGUGAUUUUUUUUCUCCUUUUUCCGGGGUUGGGAGCAGGUUGCGUCGUUCAUGGCCGUGUGGAAUCAUCUCCAGCCGGAUUACGCUCCAAUCCUGUGGGACGAGGCCCUGAACAAGCGCCUCGGCACCCAGGUUCAAGAUCUUCUUCUUCUUCUUCUUCUUCUUCUUCUUCUUCUUCUUCUUCUUCUUCUUCUUCUUCUUCUUCUUCUUCUUCUUCUUCUUCUUCUUCUUCUUCUCCUCCCUCUCCUUCUCCUUCUCCUUCUCCUUCUUCUCCUUCUUCUUCUUCUUCUUCUUCUCCUCCUCCUCCUCCUCUUCCUCCUCCUCCUUCUUCUCCUUCUUCUUCGUCUUCUUCUUCUUCCCCUCCUCCUUCUUCUUCUCCUCCUCUCUGAGAUUUUGUUUAUGGUUCUGGUUUGUGAAGGGGCUGAGCUUCCCGGAGAUAAUGGUGGAGGUGGAGAGGCGAAGAGGGGGAAUGUCGUUUGCGGAGCUGCUGGCGGUGCCGGAGAGGGACGAGUGGGUCUACUCCGACGGUCCCUCGGCCUCCUGCAUAGCCUUCGUGAUCGGCAUGUACAAGGCCGCUGGCCUCUUCGGCCCCAUCGCCAGCUCCAUCCACGUCACCGAAUUCACCGUCAGUUCUCCCAUCUCUCUCUCUCUCUCUCUCAACCUGGGUUUGAGAACCAAGUUCGGGCAAGGCUAGAUAACUAAUCUCUCUCUCUAAACCUGGGUUUGAGGAUCAAGUUCGGGCAAGGCUACUAUCCGUACUCUCUUUCUCUCUCUUUCUCUCGCUAUAUCUGUCUAUAUAACUAUUUCUCUAGACCUGGGUUUGAGGACCAAAUUCGGGCAAGGCUAGUAUCCGUACUCUUUCUCUCUCUCUCUUUCUCUCGCUAUAUCUGUUUAUAUAACUAUCUCUCUAGACCUGGGUUUGAGGACCAAGUUUGGGCAAGGCUAGUAUCCGUACUCUCUCUCUCCCUCUCUCGCUGUAUCUAUCUACCUUUCUCUCUAGACCCGGGUUUGAAGACCUGGGUUAGAGGACAAGUUCGGGCUAGUAUCCGUACUCUCUCUCUCUCUCUCUCUCUCUCCCUGGACUCGGGUUUGAGGACCAGGUUCCGGCAUGGCUAAGUAUCUGUAGUUAAUUUCAAGGUUUGUUUGUGGGAAAAUGAUAGGGUAUUUCAUAUAAGUCCUAUGAUUUGUGACGAAUUGCAGAUAAAGGACGCAUACAGUCUCAAAUUUUUCGAGGACAACUCGAGCCGGCUGCCGGGGUGGUGCGAAGAGGCGGCGGCGGCGCCGCCUUUCUGCCAGGUCCUGGGGAAGUAUCGGAUGGAGUUCCCUGGGUACAACAGCGUCCUCCCCUACGCCCACAUGAACGAGCGCUGCCCCACCCUCCCCCCCGACUAUCGCCGCCCCCUUGACUGCUGA